AUGGCCAAUCCCAUUCAGAUGGAGAUGGUGACCGAACUCAAAUUUCCAAAGGUCCGUCUUAUUUCCAUUUAUUCGAUCCGACUAAUUUCAUUCAUUUGCAGCUGAGUUUCUCUCCACUUGCCACCUCGUCCCCAAAAUUGACAAAAAUGCGAGUGCCGAUCCAUGAACGCUCGUUCACGUCUUCUGAUGAAUCGAGCGGAAAUGUGACGAUGCAAGCCGUCGCGGGAGUCGACGAGUCUCAUCUGUGAGGAAUUUAUCGCUGAAAUGAAUACUAAAUAUAACAUUCAUUUACAGUGAAACAUCAAAAGUUUUCGAAGGAUCCUCAACUUCUUUACACACGGCAAUCGAGUAUAUUUUUCCGGAAGCUCUGCAGAAUAAGAAAGCCGCAUUCCAUCUGACACGUGAAAAUCUGCGAACUGCUAUCAUUCAUCGGAAGAUGGAGGACGAAACGCUCACAGAAGAUGAUGUCAUUUUCUAUGCAACAGUGGUAUAAAAUACUUCUCCCUUGACUUCGUAAUCUUAACUGCUACAGGUUACUGAAAGAAUCUUGUGGUCCAACUGCCGAAUCUGGAACGGAUCGAUUUCACUCUCAUCGGAAGACACCAUUGAAGAAGUUGUGGAUUUCGCAUGCGAUAACUGGUAUAUGAGGUGCGAACAUACAUGGAAUAAUCCGUAAAAUGGUCCGAUUCAGCAACACCGUGCAACUUUGCGUCGGCGAGCUACGACUCGUCGACGAAAACGACAACUUCGACUGGAAUGCAGUUGCCACGUACUGUUACGACAAGGGAAUGCCAUAUUCGAUUAUCCAGCGCAUUUUCACUAAAAAUCUUGUUCGCAAAACCACGGGCGACUGUUUAGACAUUGCCGAGAUGGUUUGGGUUAUUUUUGCAAUCGUGGGGACUGACGAGCAGCAGACAUUCGAGUACUGGUUCCGCGUUCUUGACGUUCAGUGCACUGGAGUGCUCUCUUUUACUGAUCUUCAUGAAUUCUACGAGGAUAUCACUGAAAUUCUGGCGGAUAAAAAUGUUACUUCGCUGCCGUUCGAUAGUGUGAUUGCCCAAUACUGUGACAUUCUCAAUACAAACAAAUGGACGCUGCAGUCGUUUAAAAAGAAUGCGCUAAUCUCCGGAAGAGUCAUCAACGGAUUCGUGAACGCUUAUCGCUUCUUGGAGCAGGAAUUGGACGAAAGUGAGUCAUUGUGUCAAAGAUUACAUGAUUACAAGAACUGCUUUCAGAAGUGAAUGCGGAACGCGUCGACGACGAAAACUUCGGAGAAGGAAAGCGCACCAAAUGGCAACGACUGAUUGACCACAAGUACGACAAGUACUACCUGUCUCGAAGCACGUCCUCGGCAUCUAAUAGCUCGGAUCUAUCCGAUCCGUGA